CUCCUCUCCUCAUCCCCGUUCCAAACGCGAGCAGGAAGUAUGCUCCCCCCGCUCCUGCACAGGCUACUGUUUAAGAUGAGCCUAUUCCACGACAUCAAACUCAAGCGACGGAAAGUGGACUCGCGUGGCAGCAGCGAUGGAGAGAACAACGGCGAUGUGAACACCUCGUCGCCUGAGCCGCCGCCGCCGCCGCUGCAACAACAGCCGUCACCUGCUCAGCAGCAGCAGCAACAGCCACUGUCGCAGCCGUUGCAGCAGCAACAGUCGCAACAGCAGCAGUCACAGCAGUCGCAGCAGUCACAUCAGUCACAUCAGUCACAGCAUCAGCAUCACCAUCAGCACCAGCCACAGUCGCAACAGUCCCAGCAGCCAUUAGCGGCAUCGUCGUCGUCACGGACAACCACGUCGUCUUCGUCGUCCAGUGGUGCCGCGGCCCCUGGACCUCCAACGCGACGCGCGGAUGAGUCCCCGCCUCCCCAAGGCUCCGGCCGGCCAGUGGCCCCGGCUGACUCGGACGACGAAGAGCGGCGUGCGGGACCAGCAGCCAGUGCAUGGACGCCGGACUCAAGCGCCUUCAACAGGCCCAAAGAAGACGAGAACCUGUCAGUGGUGCGGCGCAUGUACAGGCCGCAGGUGGUCAGCUGGCCGGCAGGCGCACCGGCAGCCGCCACCGAGGUGAGCCGCGAGGGCUACGCACCACCGUUCCCGGCCUUCCAGCGGUCGCCCAUCUUCUACCGACGCGCGUCCACGUCGGCGGCCAGCUCUGAAGAAGAGGCGAGCUGGCGCCGGGACGAGAACCCGGAGCCAGCGGCGUCGUGGGUCGACAAGCUGCCGGACUCGCAGGCGUUGAACCUAUGCGUGGCCGCCGGCGUGACGCCAUCCACCUCAAGGGGAGGCGCCGACGAAGAGGACGACCAGCCAAUGGUGUGCAUGAUCUGCGAGGACAAGGCCACCGGUCUGCACUACGGCAUCAUCACCUGCGAAGGGUGCAAGGGAUUCUUCAAGCGGACCGUGCAGAACAAGCGUGUGUACACGUGCGUGGCUGACGGCAACUGCGAGAUCACCAAGGCCCAGAGAAACCGGUGCCAGUACUGCCGCUUCCAGAAGUGCCUACGACAAGGCAUGGUCCUCGCAGCCGUACGAGAAGACCGAAUGCCCGGUGGAAGAAAUUCAGGAGCAGUGUAUAACCUAUACAAGGUGAAGUACAAGAAACACAAGAAGGGCCCCAAGAACGGUCAGCUGAUGCUCCGCCAGGAGCCGGCGCCGGGAGUCAAGCCACCAGUGGCGGCCAAGUACCACCAAAGCUCGGACUGGGUGAACGGCGGCAUCCUGAAGACGGCGCUGACGAGCCCGUCGGAGGUGAUGCACCUGCGGCACGCCGUGCUCGAGCAGCAGCCGCGGGCGGCGGACCGGCGCACGCUCAGCGCCGAGCAGGCGGCCGCCAUGAUUGAGCAGCUGAUCGAGUGCGACGACUUCGAGGAUGUGGCGACGCUCAACAACAUGCGUGACCUGCUCAACGACUGGGAGGACCUGUCGCGCAAGCUCCGCCAGAUUGCCGACAAGAUCGUGCACAAACUGGUGCAGUGGACCAAAAGGCUUCCCUUCUACGCCGAGAUCCCGCUGGCUGUGCACACGCAGCUGCUGGCGCACAAGUGGCACGAGCUGGUCGUGCUCACCACGGCCGCCUACCAAGCCAUCCAGCUGCCGGCGCGCGUCGCCCCCUCGUCCUCGUGCUCGUCGUCGGCCUCCUCGGACGGCGGGCCACACUCGCCGCCGGCCGACGUGAGCCGCGAGACGGCCGCCGCGCUGUGCGAGCUGCAGCGCACGCUGGCCGCGCUCAUGGGCCAGCCCGUCACGCUGGUACAGUUGCCCAGCGAGGCAGUGCCCCUGGUCGACCAGAUGACCGGGCUGGCCAGCGAGCUGCGCAAGGCGCGCCUCUGCCUCGAAGAGUACGUCUGCCUCAAAGUGGUCAUCAUGCUCAGCUACGAGGACCCGAACCAGCGGCAGCUCGAGAGCAUACAGGAACGUUACCUGGCCGCGCUACGGGUGUUCACCGAGCAGCGGUUCCCCAACCAGAGCUCGCGCUUCGCCGAGCUGCUGGCGCGGUUACCGGACAUCCAGGCGGCCGCCGCGCUGCUGCUGCACAGCAAGAUGUUCUACGUGCCCUUCCUCCUCAACUCGUCCAUCACCAGAUAGUCUCGCGGGACGCCGGCCCGCCUGUGUGUGAUACCAGAGACAGUGCUGCCCGAUUGC